AUGAAGACGGCAGUGACCGUUAUAGUGGUGUUCAUGACAACAAUAAGUAAUGUGUGUACCGAGAACAACACACCGUAUGGAACAACAGAAAAUUCAACCGUCACUAAUGGAACAGAGACUGAAUCACAAGUGACACAAAUUGUGCAAAACAAGGAAAUAAACGAUUCUGUGAAAAAUCAUAGUGAAGAAAACCAAGAACUAAAUGACAAAAAAGAACCAAUCUAUUCGUCAGCGCGGGAAAUUGCCAAAAAGAACCUCUAUACCCUAGUAAAGAUACGUUUACUAGGUCACCUUCUUCAGCGUUUGCCCAUCGAAAAAAGACAGUCAAUUUUUAUUGACGCCUUAAAGAAAGUAAGAAUUAGUGGUAACGAAAAAAGUGGUCAAAAUGGAAUAGCAAAGGCUUUCAGCAUGCAGCAUCGCCAAUUUGACGAUAGCAGUGAGAAUGGCUCAGGGAGCCAGGAAAGCACAGAGAAGGACACGGACAAAAGUACGGAAAAUGUUUUGCCAUCUGACAAGAACCAAGAAAGUUUCGACCAGGAAACGGAACUGCAAUUACAAGUUAUAAAAGACCAAGUGAGUAAUGAUGUUAAAGGCCUCUUGAAGACUGUAUUUCCUGGUGUAGAUUCAAACCUUCAGUCUGCUAGUCAAGGACAUUAUACUCAUACAGCAAACCAUAACCAGCAUUAUGAUUCUGAUUUCGAUUCAAAAGAGGCAAAUAGCAAAUACGUUACACCAGUUUUUCAUAAUGUAAUCAACCCAGCGCACGAACAAUCGACGCAUCCAGUUCAUGUUCCAACACAUAGUUUUGUGUCUCGCUCACCAUAUUCGGAAGAUUAUCCACUUAAACAAGAAAGAAUUAAUGAUCAACUCUUUCCAGGAACGACAGUUUUGUCACCUCCAACAACACCGUUCACUAUAUAUCAAGGUCCAAGUCUUGAAGUUGACCCAUUUAAAGAGACACUUAAUCUACAACCAGUUACGUUAAAGGAUUACAGUUCAGAGUUGCCUUCCUCUGUAACCUUUUUAGGUGAUAAAAUGUCUAAGCCUGAUGCUAAGGACAAAGAAGGAAACAGUGAAUUAUUUGGACUUUCUAACAGCUACGUUAACGACCAUACAACACAAUCAAAGAAUGCUCAUAUUGUAGAAAAUGAUUUAUCAAACAGUAGCGAAGAGAAAUUUGUUGAUAAUAAUAAUUAUCACACGACUUCAAACCUCCUAAAUAUGAACGCAUAUCCAUCCAGUAAUGUGAAAGACUACUAUGAAGAUAAUUUUCUAACAUCAGAUAAAACUAACGUAGAGGAGGCAGUGCAAAUGAUAUACAACCUUUUUAACGACUAUGACGAUCAUGCCUUCGACUAUGAAAAUGAAAAGUUAAAUUUGGACGUUGAGCUCCAUCUUACAACAACCCUGCCUCCGUUGGAUGCUACACAAGAUUAUACAAUUAGGGCAACUGACUCCUCUUUCACUGCUAACCCUUUUACCACAGCAGAAAACCUGUCAACAGCAGCCGAGGACAAAGAUGGUAAUAACCGUGGAGAAAGUGUUGAAGAUGUGACAACUUUAAAACAUGAUAUCACUUAUGCACCACACAAUGGGUCUGGCGAAAUCCACUCGAUGGUCCAGAAGAAAACAAAGUCUCUCAAAAAUGGGAAUUAUAGCCCCAAUAGUGACAACACAAGUAGUCAAGAAUUGAAGGAAUCCAAAAUAAAAUCUAGGGAUAAUCAUUUUCAUGUUGUUGAGGAUUAUGAAAGCAAGGUCACUACACAGAUGUACAACACUGUCAAUAAUGAUCCAGACUCUAGUUCAAGUUCAGAGGAAAUGGCAUCAAGUAACGUCAUACGUAGGUAUCAGUCACACAAUAGAAAAACAAAAUCAGCAGAAGUUGUCAAAGACAAUGAAAAUAACAAACAAUUUUCAUCAGAAAUGGAAGCGACAUUGCCCCCUAAAAUUGAGAAAAAUCUUUUCCCGUUAUCUAGUUACGACGCUAACAAAAAGAGAUCUGAAUAUGAGAAAACCAUAAUUAACGACAAAAGCAUAUACGAUUCACUUCAACAACAUGCAAGCGAUUCAAAAGACUCUUGGUCAAGUGAAGAAUCGACACUAUAUAACCUUCUAGAAAAGCCAUUCUUCUCCCAUUCAAAAUACGAAAUAAAUAAAAAAGACACUCUUGGCGAUGAAAGAAAAUUUGGUUUUGAUAGUGAAGAAGAAUAUGGAAGAGAUGGUGGAGAUGGCAGCAAAGAGGAUUCUUACGAAUUUGGUCUGCAGAAAAAGCAUAAUAUUCAACAUAAAUUAUCUUUGCUAAAUGAACUUACUACUUCCGGAUCUCCAGAUGUACAUGUUGGAAAAAGUGUUUUACACGCUAGUAUAGGAAACAGUGUAUCAAAGGAUGACAGUGAGGAGAAGCUUUCUGCAUUUGGUCAAUCAAACGAUGUCAGUAGUCAAGAAAAAGGCAUCAAUCAUGUGUCAGAAAUCGUCUAUGAAAGCAAAACACCGAAGGAAAUCACAAACAGUGCAUCACAUGUCAGAAACGCUCUGUUUCCUCUCCAGGAUAAAAACGACAUGUUCAAAGAGAGCGUGUCUAGUAGUGAAUCGGAAGGAGGUUAUUCAGCUGCCCAGGAAGACAAUUCUUCUCCAUUAGAAAAUCUAAUUGGUGUUGAGAAAAGAAAUGGACACCAUUCGUCGGAUGAGAGCAGACCAUCAAUGCAGAUCGACGAGUACGAGAUGAAACAAUUAUUGGGAGAGCUAGACUGGAAUUUGAACAAGAUAGUUAAAGAUGCAACAACAUAUAGGGACGUUCAUACUUCAAAAGAUGCAAGUAGAUCAAAGGAAUUAGGGAUUGAGGGUGACAGUUUGUACAAGCAUAAAUUUGUUUCUAGUAGCCAAUCAACCGAAAAUCUGUUCGACAGUUUAUUGAAGGAAGAGAAUAUCAUCGCUAUUGACAAUGAGAACACUGAAUCAGUUAUAAGUGGAGUCGGAAAGACGUUGGAUAGCGAUUCGAAUGAAAAAUCAAAUGUUCACAAAGAUACUUAUAAAACGGAUAGUGGCUCGACAAAUACUGUAGAAAAGCAGCAAUUUCAAGAAAGUGGCCGGAAUAGUGACUCGUCGAAUUCAGGUUCCGCAGAUUCGACAGAAGACAGCAAACAAUUUAAUGCAAAUGUGCACCAUCAGUCCUAUAAUGGAGAAAAGAUACAAAAUGGGAACAAUGAUAAAAGUAACAGGAUUUCCGAUAGUCAGUCUCGUGAAAAUGACGAUUCGUUGGAAAUGUAUAAAAUUGAAUCAAACAGUUUAUUUAAUAGAAUUGCAAAUAGCAAAGAUGCUAGCAGUUCCUCUGAAGAACAGACCAAUGCAUUGAAAAAAGACAUAAGUGAAUCGAUUGAAACGUUUAAAUAUGACAAAUUCGAAGAAGAUGCUUCAAACGAUAAACAAGAGGAAUCAUCGGAGAGUCAGUCAACGGAUAAUUUCGAAGAUCUGUCGGUUGAAAGCAUUCCAUAUAACAAAGACGAAGGUUAUUCUUCAUCAGAACAUGACAGUUUCGACACUGAAUCAUCUAGUAAAAAAAGUGAUUUUGAAUUCACAAAUAAUAAUAGCAUGUCUGUGGAAUCCAAGGAAGACGCUAGUGAGACUAACAACCACGAUUCUAAUAGUGUGGACUUAGAUCAAGACAACAAAAUAAACGAAAUGGAUUCAAGUGGCAUGUCACAAGAGGAACUGGUCGACGAUUCAAUGGAUGAAGGAAGUAUUUCUCAUCAAAUUGUUAAGCAUUUCGAUGUCGAUUCUUCUCUUACUGCUCUUAAAAGCAAGAGUGUUUCGGAAGACAAGAGCGAUAAGGAUUCUUUUAGCACAGAAUUCAAAAACCAUAUUUCAUUAGAAGAAAAUGCUCUAUCAUCUGAUUCUUCUUCAGAAGAUUAUAGCAUUCUCAAAGACAAAUCUGACAAUCUAUUGAGCAAAGAAACUGAAGAUGAUUACAAUUUACCUGGUGACAAAUCUAGUUCAUGCGAAGAAAAUUGCGAAUCAUUAAGCACUGAACAAGAUUUGUUCGAUAAAACAAAAAGCAGUGAAAACGAGUCAUCCGAACAAAAUAUUCCAAUUAAUAAAGAUUAUUUGCCAAAGGAUAAAAAUUCAGAAUCGGAACAAGUUAUGACUUCAACAAAGGUAAACUCAUCAGAGGAAUCUGAACAAACGCAGGUGUCUGAAGAAAAUGAAGAUAUAAAGGAGCAAACAGGUAAAAUAGAAAGCAACAAGAAAAUGUAUGAGAACGAAUAUGCAUCAAACAAUGAUGAUAAGGAAAACAGCGAUGAAUCCAGACAAGAAUCAAAAGCAUUUGAGACAGAAGAGAACAUUUCCUAUGACAGUGAGCAGGCCAAGAACGAAAAUCCAAAAAUACCAGAGGAACCAACUACGUCGUCAGACGAAAAGAAGGAAGAAGCAAAACUCCAAUACAUCAUCGAAAAGGUGUCUGGAAAUGAGAAAAGAUGGCAAGAAAGUGGCAAUGUCGAUGACAGUGAGCAGGCAAAUAAUGCGAAUCCUAAAACCCGUAGUACAGAGACAACGGAGAGUUAUAGUGCAGAAAUACCAGAGGAACCAACUCCAUCGUCGGACGAAACGAAUGAAGAAACAAAACUCCAAUACAUCGUCGAAAAAGUCUCAGGAAAUGAGGAAAGAGGGCAAGAAAGUGGCGAUGUUGACAAGUCUGAAAACGAGCAGAGCCAUGAUUAUGGUAAACUAAUCUAUGAAAAAUCUGUGUUUGGUGCAAAUGUAGACUCUGAUGAUAGUGGCAAUGGAAGUGAAUCUAUAGAGGAAACUACACAGAAAAUUAUAGAGAGCAGUGAAAACGGAAAUGAUUAUAAAUCAGAAGAACAUGACAAACUUAUUAUAGAGAAAAUUCAAACAAACAAUGGAAACUCAAAAGAAAACAAAAAUAAGCAAAGUCAUGAAGUCUUUUAUGAAGAUCCAAAAAGUAACGAAAAUCCUGAGCAGAAUCAUGAAAGCAUUGAAAAAAAUAAAAAUGAAUAUCAAGAGGACAAUGAACAAAAGAAAACCCCAAACUGUGAUGAAAAAACAAAUGAGAAGAACAAAAACGUAGACGACGAUAUCCUAACAAAAGAAAUCAGUAAUGACAAUGAUUUAGAAAAGGCCGUAGAAAUGAUCAGCAACAUGUUUGUUUUCGAUUUUGACGGAUCUAACAGUAAGAAACAUACCGAUUAUGUAUCUGGAAAGAGGGUCAACACUGAAUCAGGAUACGGAAAAGUUGGAAGAGUUAAAAGUCUCAUUCAGAAACUCGUUCACUUAAAGAAGCUCUGGUGGAAGACAAAGUAUGGAUCCAAAAUAUCUAAGUCUUCCUCCAGCUCUGUUUACGGUAGUGGGGGCAUGUCCAAACUAAAUAUGAAACUACCGACUUUGAAGAACAACUUGUAUGAAAACUCAAACAGAAGGUCAUUUUAUGGUAAAAAGAUCCAUUCAAACUUCCGUAGCUUUAAUACGUAUGGUUUGCGACAACCGCAUCAUCUGCCUUCUUUUCUUGUAUCUUCAAACUAUGGCACAAGAGAUCGUUAUGAUAGACGUCCAUCAGUGUCGUAUAGACCCACACUGUCAAAAUAUCUACGCGGUGGCAGACAAAUAAUUUACAGCCCUUUUUCCUCAAACUCAAGGUACGGAAGGCCUAGUUAUGGAUCCAGAAAACUCAAGAUAAGUUUUGGAGACAGUAGUAACGACUAUGAUGAAUCUCAAGCUGGAUUAUCCAGAUUGUCUGGUAUCUUAACCAAGAAGCCACGAACUAGUGUGUACGGAUCUAGAAUCGGGUACGACGACAGUUUUUAUAGUCGCCAUGGAUACCUUCGUAACACCGAUGCACACAUUUUCGAUUCGGUUGAUGGUUUCACCAACAACGAUAAGGAUGUUAUUGUUCACCCAGUUGUCACCAAGAGUAACUAUUAG